AUGCUCUGGCUGAUCGCGACAGCCGUAUUCAGUUCAACACGGGCAUUUUCGUUGCAAGCCCAGUUGACGACGUGCACAUCACUAGUGGAACCGCCUCAAAUUCAGUUUGAACAAGGUCUUGAAGAUGUUGAAGUGUCAUAUGGAGAUACAGUAACACUGAUGUGCAGUAUCUAUGGAGCGCCACAGGCUGCCAUCACAUGGCUACAUCGAGGACGAAUUGUGGCCGCAUAUCCAGCACCCACAGUAGAGUCUGCAUUACAUAGUACUCGUAUCGCAAGCGGCCUCAUUGAAACUAGAUACACAAUUCCUUGCGUAAAUCGCAAAACUCUCGGAGAAUACACCUGCCAAGCAACCUCACCAUGCGGAGAAGUGAUUUCAUCACAAGCUGUGGUCUCGUUGUCGAAUGCGGCUCGGGGCAAAACAUGCAACGCCACGAUGGCUGCUGCACCGACGAUUGCCGUCACGACAGUGUCACGACUUGAACUGCCUGGUAAUCCUGUGCAACUGAUGUGUCGAGCAAGUGGUAUGCCAAAACCAAAAGUGAUGUGGCAGCGAUUAACAGAUGAGGAAAACCUUGAAGAGAUCGACACGGAUUCGCACAUGGUGCUUUCAAAUGGAGAUUUGCUAGUGGUGGCCGAUCCCUGGGUAGUUACCGAAUCAUAUCGAUGCACAGUACGAAAUCCGAACGGAUCCGUCACCGCCGAUAGUACUAUUGUAUAUGUUGAUCAAAACUGAAGACAGUGGAUACGAUAAUCUUCUUUGUCGCACUGUUUAGUAACUUACAUGUCAUCUAUCUCGCAUCGAAUGAUCUCACUGUUUGCAAAUCAUAAAAAUUUACCUUCAUUGUUUCUGCUGAAGUUGAUGAAUGUUGAACUGAUAAACGGCUG